AUGAAGUGGCAGUCUACUCUGUUCAUUCUUGGUGCCCUUGCCUCCCAGGUUCUCGGUGCCACCGAUACCAUCAACUGUGAUAGUGAGGGAAGUGCGGUUUACGCUUUGCAGGUCCAAUCUGGAAUUGACUAUCUCAAUGAUCACGCUGGCCAACCGGUUGCGGAAGCCGGCAAGUGUAACCGAGUUAGCUGUUCCUACGGCGCGGGUAUCUACGUGUGUUCUGAUGAUGGCAAGGACCACCCUCUCAAGAGCUGGAAAACGGUGGCAACUGUGGCCAGCAAGAUCCUCCAUGAAUGCAGGGCCGAUACCAACUAUGUUAAGGGACGUCUGCAUAGCUCUGAUGGUUGGGGUGUUGCUAUCAGGGACGCACCAUGCUAG